UGUUAGUGACUGUCUCCCUCUUUCAAUUCGUUUCAGAGAAGUCUCGCCAUUUCCCUCCACUCGCAAAGUCUCAAUUUUGCUUUCACUGGAAUCUAUUCUGAUUGAGAGAAAUGACGACAAUGGAGCAGCGUGGAAACCAGAAUGCUGUUCAGCAACAAGACGACGAAGAGAUCCAGCAAGGCCCUUUCCCCGUCGAACAGCUUCAGGCGGCAGGUAUAGCUUCUGUUGAUGUAAAGAAGCUUAGGGAUGCUGGUCUCUGCACUGUUGAAGGUGUUGCAUAUACUCCAAGGAAGGAUCUCUUGCAGAUUAAAGGAAUCAGUGAUGCUAAGGUUGACAAAAUCGUAGAAGCAGCUUCAAAGCUGGUUCCUUUGGGUUUCACUAGUGCUACCCAGCUCCAUGCUCAGAGACAGGAGAUCAUUCAGAUUACCUCUGGAUCACGGGAGCUUGACAAAGUUCUUGAAGGCGGAAUUGAGACCGGAUCCAUCACUGAGUUAUAUGGCGAGUUCCGCUCAGGAAAGACUCAGUUGUGCCAUACACUGUGUGUAACUUGUCAACUUCCCAUGGAUCAAGGAGGUGGAGAGGGAAAGGCAAUGUACAUUGAUGCCGAGGGAACAUUCAGGCCACAAAGACUUUUGCAGAUAGCCGACAGGUUUGGACUAAAUGGAGCUGAUGUACUGGAAAACGUUGCCUAUGCGAGGGCGUACAAUACUGAUCACCAGUCAAGGCUUUUGCUUGAAGCAGCGUCAAUGAUGGUUGAAACAAGAUUUGCUCUCAUGAUUGUGGAUAGUGCCACCGCUCUCUACAGGACAGAUUUCUCAGGAAGGGGAGAGCUUUCUGCCAGACAAAUGCAUCUUGCAAAGUUCUUGAGGAGUCUGCAGAAAUUAGCAGAUGAGUUUGGUGUGGCUGUGGUUAUAACAAACCAAGUAGUUGCGCAAGUAGAUGGUUCUGCUCUUUUUGCUGGGCCACAGUUUAAGCCGAUUGGUGGGAAUAUCAUGGCUCAUGCAACCACAACAAGGCUGGCAAUGAGGAAAGGAAGAGGAGAGGAGAGAAUAUGCAAAGUGAUAAGCUCGCCAUGCUUGCCAGAAGCAGAAGCUAGAUUUCAAAUAUCUACAGAAGGUGUAACAGAUUGCAAGGAUUGAUUUGGUUUUGACUUGCUUCUCUCUCGACCUUCGUGUGUCCUUUGUAAUCAUCUUCACUUGUGAGGUCAAGAACCCGUUUUCUCUUUUGUUUCUCGUCACUGAGGAUCAUGAAUUAGAUUGCGUGAGCAUACAAGUAGUGACGAGGGAGCAAGUUUUAGAUUUGUAAGUAGGUUUUCCCGGUAAUGAAAGUUGGUGCCUUGUGUGUAAAGCAAUACUUUGACAUAGG